ACACGCGCGACUCCUUAAGUGCUUGAGAGAGAGAGAGAGAGAGAGAGAGAGAGUUGCAGUUGGCGGUGUGAUUUUGCGGAAGGGUGGUGUCGUGGAGAGAGAGAGAGAGAGAGAGAGAGAGAGAGAGAGAGAGAGAGAGAGAGAUUGGUGAUGAGAUAUAUUGUGAACAACCACUACUGACACCGAUUACGUCACCACCGUCAUCACCACCAUCACCACCACCACCUUCAUCACCACCACCACCACCACAGCGAGGGAAUACAGAUAAUUGGAUGGUUGGGUAGAGGCGCGGCGCUAGUGUGGCGAAAUGUCGUCGCGCGAGGACCCGCUGCGGCAGUUCGAGACCGGCCGCAUCCAGCACCUGCGGGAAGAGCGUCUCGGCAUACAGAAGAAGACCUUCACAAAAUGGAUGAACUCCUUCCUCGUCAAGGCGCGGCUGGAGGUGAUGGACCUGUUCACCGACCUCGCCGACGGGAAGAUGCUGCUGAAGCUGCUCGAAAUCAUCUCCGGCGAGAAGCUCGGGAAGCCAAACAACGGGAAGAUGCGCGUCCACAAGAUAGAGAACGUCAACAAGUCCCUCGCCUUCCUGCACACUAAGGUUCGCCUCGAGAGCAUCGGCGCGGAGGACAUUGUAGAUGGCAACCCGCGCCUCAUCCUCGGCCUCAUCUGGACCAUCAUCCUCCGCUUCCAGAUCCAGGAGAUUGAGAUUGACGUGGUGAGUAGCAGUAGUAGUAGUAGUAGUAGUGGUGGU